AUGCACGAGAAAGCACGUUCCUGACACGGCGGGCCAAGCCGGCCGCUAUGAGGGGCUUCGCAUACGCGCAUUGCUCUCCUUCCCACGCGCCAUGGCCAACAAUGAAGAUGGCGACGUCACAGUUGAUGCGACGGCGACGGCGACACCCUCGACCAAACAGCUGAAAGAACCCGACGACCUCCAAUAUGUCCAAUACGAACCCUCGAAAGAAGAGCGAUACCUCCCCGCUAUCCGCCAACUAAUCUCUAAAGACCUGUCUGAGCCAUACAGUAUCUAUGUAUACCGGUACUUCUUAUACCAAUGGGGUGAUUUAUGCUACAUGGCCCUCUCUCCCACAAACACUCUCAUCGGCGUGAUAACCUGCAAACUCGAACCCCACCGCAGCGGUACCUACCGCGGUUACAUCGCCAUGCUCGCCACGCAAGAAGAGUACCGCGGCCGCGGCAUAGCCACGCAGCUUGUUCGCCUCGCCAUCGAUGCCAUGACUGCGCGCGACGCCGACGAGAUCGUCCUAGAGACCGAGGUGUCGAAUACUGCGAGUUUGAAAUUGUAUGAGAGGUUGGGGUUUAUAAGGAGUAAGCGAUUGCAUCGGUAUUAUUUGAAUGGGAAUGCGGCGUUUAGGUUGAUCUUGUAUUUGAAGGAGGGGACGGCGUUGAAGAGACCGGAGCAUGGGGGGCAUGGGGAGAUGGGUGGGGUGCCAGAGAUGAGAAGGGUGGACGAGGCGGAGCUGUAUUCUUGAGGGGAAGGGUGGGGAUGCUUGGACAGAUAUUCACAGGGAUGGGGAAAGGUGCGAAGCCAGCUGCUUCGAGGACAGGCUGGUAGCACUGGCGGCUUUGGAAGAGCAAGGGGACCAACGGCUGUUGGAUGUGGAAGUUUGUGACAGUCUCUUC